CUCUGAUUCCCUCUGUGUGCAGCAUGUGCUGCAAAAGGUCAUAUAAAAGUUUAUUUUUGGUAUGUUGGAUUUUUUGCGGAGGUGUGUAUUUCUGCAUCGUGAUAUAUGAUUCCCUGACCAAUCACGUGUCGCGAUGAGGGCAUCUAUAAACCCGCUGCGUCGACAUGUACACAAAGAAAGGGUUCGAGCUGCUCAAGUCUCUGGUCCAACUUCAGACAGCGAAAGAAAAGAAAAGAAAAAGAUGAAGACUCUGGUGGUCCUGGUUCUCUGCUCCCUGGCAGUCAUCUGUGUGGCUUCAGAUGCUGACGCUGGAGCUCAGCCUGCUGAGAACAACCAGGAUGGGCUGUUCGUGGAGCGGGAUCAGGCCUCCGAGGUGGUGAGACAGAAGAGAGCAGCUGGAGAGUUGUCCCUGGCACAGCUGGAGAGCCUGAGAGAAGUGUGCGAGGCCAACCUGGGCUGUGAGAACAUGAUGGACACGUCCGGCAUCAUCGCCGCCUACACCGCCUACUACGGCCCGAUCCCCUACUAGGAGCCCAACGUUGGAUUUCAUCAUCAGAACUGUCUUUUUUUAAAUUCCUCUUGAGCUCAACUUUUCCUGCUGCUAAGCAAACUUGUCAACAGCGGGGCGAGAGUGGAAAAAGGCAGAUCAUUUUGGCAUGUGAUGGCGUUUUCUUCCCUGUAUGGGCCUGCAGAGUGGUUCCUACACAUCUGUCAUUUCCCUCAGCCUGUAGAGUAGAAACUAAAUAAAGAAAUAACAAAACUGUA